AAUUGCACCUCCUUUGUUUUCAUUUGUCAACAUCGCUCGAAUUAUUCGCCUUUUUUCCAAAUUUGUCUCGAAAGCGAGCAAAAAGUAAGUAGUAGACACACAAAGAAACCUAUUGGUCAUCAACUGCACAAGUUCAUCAACAUGGAUAUCGACGACUCGCCCGCAACUGGAGCUCCAACGCAGCCCAGUGCAGAUGACAAUGAAUUGCUCACGAUGUUCAGCUGCAUGGGCACCGAGGAGAAGGACAACUUGGUGCAGCAAUUUCAGUACAUUGGUAACGAACCGAGCCAGGCAACAGCCAAAUUCUUCCUCGACAUGAACAAUUGGAACUUGCAAACUGCAAUUGGAUGUUACAUGGAUUACUUGGCGACUGCCAGAGCGCCUCAAAUGAAGGUUCUUCAGUCAUGUACCGUCGGAGAAGGUGAAAGUGUCACACCAAAUACUUCAUUUACCGUUUCCUGGUUAGUACAAAACAAUGGUGAGACUGAAUGGCCCGCAGGAACGUGCCUCCGAGAGGUUUCUGUUCAGGCAUUGGACCACAUGAGCAUUCAAGUGCCAGCAUUAGCGCCCUUGGAUUCCACGAAAAUCACCGUUCAACUAGUUAGUCCAGCAGAAUUGGGUGAAUUUUGUACCAAAUGGCGUCUUAUGACGCCCAGCAAUUUGUUCUUCGGAGCAACAAUAACGUGUGUUGUCCAAGUGUGUGAGAGUGGAACGUUAGCGCUAACGCAACAACUCAGCGAAUUACGUGUGCCCAAUAAUAUUCCGACCACUGUGAUCGAACACACGACAAAUGCUGGCGGCAACAGUGGUGCGAGUAACAACGAAUGGGAAUCGAGAAUGCUCACACAAAGUGCUGCCGGGAGCAUAGGCAAUAGCUCAAGUGAUCAACCGCCUCCUUAUUAUGCCACGCAUAACGUCAUUCAGCAGCAAGGACAGCAACAGUCUGCCGCCACGGAUGAGGAAAUGUGGGAUGAUGUGCUGUAAAAAAUAUAAAAUAAUUUUUAUUUUCGGUAGAAAUUUAAUGAACAAGCUCACUUUUUAGCCCCUUUUUGGAAAUUAAUACCUAAACUGUUAUCUACUCUCCUGUAUAUCAUAAAAAUCUAUAUGAAUAACGAAUAUUACUCUUCUCUACACAACUUUACCUUUACUAUGAAGUAUGUUUUGAAUUUUUUUUUUCGUUUUUUUAAUGUUUAUGGUUCGAUAUAAUGUUAAAUAAGGCCAAAAUAUGGGCGAUUUGCGCCCAUUCUAUUUCUAUGUAAUGUUUAAGAGGUUCAUUUUCUAUUCUUUUAUUGAAUUCAAUAUAAAUAUUCUGUAAUUUUGAUUCA